AGUAUCAGGCCGCAAAAAACUUAAGCUUUGCCAAUCACGUGGUCUCUGCUACAACUACUCAUCUCUGCCUCUGUAGUAUGUAAGCAAAGACAAUAUGUAAAUGAAUAAGUAUGGCUAUGUUCCAAUAAAACUUUACUUACAGACACUGAAAUUUGAAUGUCAUAUAAUUUUCACAUCACAAAACAUUAUUUUUUUGAAUCAUUAAAAAAUGUAAAAGCCAUCCUGAGCUACCUUGCUAUACUAAACAAGUGGCAGUAGUUUGCAGGUCCCUGCAACAAAUUUCAAUUAUUAGAGAGGAUUACUGCUCAUUCUUUAUCAGAUAAAUGAGCUGUCACUGCAAAAACUUAAGAAAUUAGGAGAAGAUCCCUGUAUUGGGGUGGCCACAGUAUACUCAUUCUGUAUUUUCCAAAUGUAAUUGCAUAAGUCUGAGUACAUAAUCUGUAUAUAAAAACUACAGAUUCCUGAAACCAUCUCUAAGAGAUGUAGCUAAUAUCAAGUAGGGCCAGGAAGGUGUUUAGAUCCCCAUACCAUUCUGAUAUUGAACUAAGAUUUUUAAAAGCAUGGACAUGGGCAAACUGUGUAUCUAGUCAGAACUGUAUCCAGAAUAUGUAAAGAACCCCCAAAUUCAAUAAGAAAAUAGUCGCUUUUAAAAUGAGCUAAAAUUUAAAGCAAACACUUCAACAAACAAUAUAAGAAUAGCAAAUCAGCACAAGAAAAAAGGCACAACAUCAUGAGUCAUUAGGGAAAUACAAAUUAAAUCCACAAUAAGAUAUCAUGACACACUUGCUCAAAUGGCUAAAUUUAAAAAAAUUAAAUGGGCCCUGAAAAUAUCAAAUGCCAGCAAGGAUGCAGAACAACUGGAGCUCACACACAUUGCUGGUGGGAAUACAAAAUGGUACAGCCAUUUUGAAAAACAGUUUGACAAUUUUAACAUGCACUCGCCGUAUAACCCGGAAAGUCCAUUCGAGGGAAACAAAAACUUAUGUUCAAAUACACACACAUACAUUAAAAAAAAAAAAAAACUUGUACACAAAUGUUUAGAGUGACUUUACUGUCACCCACCAAAACUGAAAACUCAUAUGUUCUUCAAUUAGUGAAUGGAUAAACAGUACGUUUGAGGAGACUCAAAAAACUACUUACUAUAUGAUCUUAUUUAUGUAACAUUUUUGACAAGGCAAAACUACAAGGGCAGAAAACAAAUCAGUGGCUGGUGGGGGCAUGAAACAGGGGUUGAGAAGUUUGGGGGUUAGGAACUGUUCUGUAUCUUGAUUGUUGUGGUGGUUCCAAGACUACACAUUUAUCAAAACUCAGAACUACACACUAAAAAAGAAGGAAUUUUUAUUGUAUGUAAAUUAUUCGCUGAACUUGACUAAAACGACAAAGAAAAAGGAAAGAACCACUGAUAAAUAAAUAAGACCAGUAAUACACUGGUUCUGGUUUAUUAGAAAGUCUUCACUGCUUUAUUUUUUUUCCUUUUUCUCAAUGUAGGCUAAAAACUAUCCUGUGCACACACACUUAAUGUAUGUGUGUAUGUUUUUUUAACGAAAUGAUGACAGAAGGAAAUAAUGAUUGUUUUCUGCUUAACAGUCCUUUUAAAAGCAAUAUCUGAGAACUCUUGCGCUGGUUUUUAAAUUCAAACACCUGGAACAUUCUAGAUUCAAACAUCUAAGUAAUCCCCAAAGUCCUCCUAAAUAUAAAAACUAAUUAUCCUUUGUAGGUCUUAUCUAAGAUCUAGGUUAUUCUAAUUUUACAUUUUUGAAGCACCGGACACCUUUAAACGAGUCACCAGUUAAAAACAUUAAUCCAAUGGCACUUCCAGUGGCUACCUCUGAAACAGCAAAUAUAGUUGUUUUAAUGUUUGUUUUCUCCUCUAUGGAUCAAAGCAAUUCACUUCUAAAUAUGCUUCUGUACCUUGGAGAACUGGGAUUUCAAGCAGCAUUUACUUAAGUUUAGUGGUCUCCAUAACUGUUUUCUUUAUGAAUGAAAAUCACGUGUUUUUUGUCACUGAGGAAAAAUUCAUUUAUCUCAACAAAAACUGUUAAGUCCCUAACAAGGGCUGAGGAAAGACCAUGGCCUAUGACUUUAUUUCUCCAAUACGUUUAAUUUUAGAGUUUCUACCUUUAAAUAUUAGCCUCUUUAGAAUGAAUAUACCAGAGAAGACAUGCAUUUUUGCAAGACUUUUCAGGUAGAAAAAACAGUGAGGCAAGAGUGUGACUUCCUAUAGUUCACUCAGUAAUUCAUUUGCUGAAUCAAAAACAAAAGUUGUAAAAAAUUUUACGUUAACUCAGCAUCCAUAUGAUACAUUAUCCUUAAAAUAACUAUCCUCAGAAAAAGCCUUAUUAUUUUCAUUCUACUGUCUUAAACAUAUGGCAUAUCACAUAAAUGAAACACAUCAGAAAUGAAUCUUAUGCAUCUACAGAACAAUUUAAAAGAAAAAAGAGGAAGAGAGGGAAGGAGGAAAAGGAAAAGAGAAGGUAGGUAAAAAGAAAUGGAGGGAAGAAUAAGCUGUGUAAGCAACUACUCACAGUUCUAAACUCUUCUAAUUCUAGGCCCCAAUGUGCCAAUUCCUAGCUACUUAGCCUCAGUGGUUUAAUACAACUCACUUUGCCCUCCCUAACCCUGGGAUUUUCAUCUGGAAAAUAAGGAAGUUGGCCUAGAACAGUGGUUUUUAGUGCUUUCUACUCUGAAAUCUCUUUUUAAAGUACCAAUUAACUAUGGUUUCCCACGUGUGAGUCGUCCGUUAAGUACCUGUUAGUUUAAAAAUAUAUAUAUUUUACAAAUUAACAGUUACAUCCAUUUGAAAAUUCCCUUCUUCAUUCAAAAAAGUAAUGCAAGUCUACAUAUGGCAAUAUACUAUUUUCUUCCCUUUUGUGAAAGCCAUUUUUGGUGCACAUAUAAAUUCAGACAGUUCUUUCAACAACUCCAUGCAUUCUAUACCACAGCAAAGAUCAUGUUCAUGUACCACGGAAAAUUUUUUUUUAUUGUGGAAAUACCCUCAACACAACAUGCGGCACACAGCAGAUAUGCAAAUUAUCUAAGAUUCCUUCCUGCUCCCAAACUGAGUGAUAUUGCUUUGUACUUAGAACAAAAAAUUAAACCUAUUAUUACUCAAGUAAAAAUCAAAAACACAAAAUAGCAUUUAGAAAAUUUUACUAAAAUUCUAUUCUUAAUGAUUAUCUCCAAAGUCAGAAAAGAAAGCAACAAAUUACUUUCUUUAAUUUUUCUAUGUAAUACAUAUCUAUGUUGAAUGAAUUCUAUUUACAAGACAUACCUAUAAAGAAUUAGAAAAAAAUUCGAAGUUUUUAUAAAUUUAAUGCUGGUAUAAAUAAGUGAUACACACGGUUUAAAAGGUAUUAUCUCUGCCUUUUAAAAGCUUAUACUCUGAAAAAGAAUACAAAAUAAUUAUGCCAGAGACAAGAUUCCUAAACCAACAGAGAAUAAUAAUGUAUUCAUUCAUACUCAUACAUUUAUUCACACAUGCAAAUAUUUACUGAAUAGUUGCUGAUUGCAUAAAAGACAUUCAUCCAAAUGAGGGUAAAGCAAGAUAACUAAGACAUAAACCUCCUAGCUCCAAGAGAUCCAGCCAGGGUCUCAUUAAAAACCAACAACCAAAACAAAAACUGUUAUGGAAUUUUGAAAAACAGGGAAAGUGGGUUUGCCGUGUAGCCAGAUAUAUGUACAUCUCAUGGACACUGCCAUCUGUUUAGAUGCCUAGUGUGCAUGUGAGAAGCUCUAAAUUUCUUAGACUACUGGGUUCACUGAUUGUACCAGACAUAAUUUUGUAUCUUUCCCCCUUGAAGGUCUGGAUGUACGCCAUUAACUUAAUUUAACACAUUAUGCCACUGGAGUGCCCUGAACCUAAAAUAAAUCAGUGCUUUCUAGGUAUGUUUCCUUUUACAGACAUUUCUAAAAAUGUAUUAAAUUGUAUCUUUCACUAAAGAAAAAGGAUUUGCUCCCAGAAUAGCUAGCUACCUGUACUUCAAGAAGUAAGUCACUCCUAGGUAAACUGAUUUCAGAUGUUAAGCACACACAUGCACAUCAACACACACAGAAUUCACCAACUUUGAGACAGUGGAACUUUCCACCUAAAGAAUGUAAGAAUUGAACAUAAAAAUGAGAUUGAGAGAACUGCUGUAAGGAAAGAAAAAUAAAGAUUAACACUUGGAGAAAAUAGGAGAGGUUGAAAGCAUGCACUGCACGGCUAAAAGUGGUAAAGCUCUAAUGCUUAAGAAAUUGCAAAGAAGUUGAUGAAACGCCAAAAUGUCUAGAAAGGCCUCGAUCAACAUCUUGGUUAGAGAGGGCUAAAUGGCAAAAUUACAGCAAGUGGACAAUUCAUUUACCAAUACAGGAACUUGGAGAGCAAAAGGAAGUAGGGAGUCUUGACUGCUGGUUCAGAAAAGAAAAAUUCAGUGAAGAAGCUAAAACUGACCCCCUGAAAAAUGUAAGUUUGUCAACUGAUUAAAAGUGUUUUUUAGAAAAAUAUGUUUUCAGCUCUGAACUCUAAGAAACUUUCAGAAUAUUGUUGAAACAUGCCUGUUCCUUUCCCUAACAUUCGCAAAUUGCAUUUUGCAUUUCAGUUAUAGACCUACUGAAGUUUAAAAUGGCUGGAAAUUAUUUCAAAUCUAGAACCUCAAAUGUUUCAGAAGAAAUAGAGUAUUAUUCCUGAAUAUUGGCAACAGUGUUUUCCAUCACAAAAAGUAUACAGAUGUUCCAAACACACUUUUAACCAGAAAAAAUGAUGUGUUGACACUUAGUUGACUUGAUUCUUUUCACCUACAUAUGAACUCAAUCAUUUCCCUUUGUCUCCCAGUUUAAGAGAUUUACCAAGGUAUAAAUACUACCAUAGGUGUAUGUGUGUGUGUUUUUUCAAAAGGUCUGUCCAAAUGAUGAAUAUUUUUGACUUCCUUAAAAACUAAGUAAGCAAGCAUUAGAUUUCAACCUAGGAAAGAAGAUUUUUAAAUAUCCCCUUACCCUAAUGUCAGCUGCUACCCACGACCUCUAUUGAAAUGUUCACGACAAAAGGUCACAGGGUGCCCCAACCCCUCCUAAACAGCAAUGGAAACGGGCACACACUCACUGCACUAUUCGUCUUAAUCUCUAUUGGAAUCUACCCCAUGAUACCAAAUUGAAUAUAAAUUGUAACUGCAUAUAUAUCUAUCAAAAGUUUAAAUUAAAAAGUAGAGGAGACGGAUACAGGGAUUUUUUUGAAUGGGGUUCAAAAAUCUGCAUCAGAAUAUUAAACUAAUUACUACUACUAACCCUUCUCAAAUAAAGUUGGCGUUUCAGUAUUACCACAGUCUCAAUGUUUGCGCAUGUUUUACCCUAUCAGGGGCACAAGCUUCAUUCUCUUUAAUUAGGAUAAAGACACUGUUAGGGAGUAACUGGGCCAUAAUUAAGAGUUAUAUUAGGGAAGGAUACACUUUAUUAGACUUGAAUACUUCUCAGAUCAAAAACUUCACCACCAUUAGUAGGACAUUCCUAGUAUAAUACAUCAUUUCCUUUGAUGAUCUUGGAACUAGAAAAGUCAGAUGUUUACAAAGACAGUGAUCUCAUCAAUUCCUGACCACUUUCAAAAUUAAUAUUUAAUUCUAACUUAAUGAAAGAGCCACACUGAAUUUUCUUACCAAUUUACCAAAUUACAUAAAAGAGAUUGCCAAACACAGUAUUACGCAAAAUGAAAGCUAAUUUAAAUGUAUUAGCCUCUAGAGUGUGGAAAUGGAAAAAUCCUGCGUUUCUAUAUGGAAGGUGUUUGUGGAACUCCUUGAGAAAUAAUACGUUAGAAUACAUCAUUCAUGUCUUGGUAGGAAAUCAGAAGACCUAAGGGUAAUAUAAAUGUAUAUGAAGAGUUUUAUGUUUUUUCCAGGUCACUCACAUGAAUAGGGGAUUGGAUAAAAUCAUAGCACCAUAUGAUUAAUACUAUACAUACCAGGUUUUGUUUGAACUCCAAUUCUCAUUCUACUCACCAUGCACUACACACUGCACAAGGAUCACUCUUUCUCUAGAGACAAACCCAACACAUACGCACACAAAAAACCCUCAUAUCCAAAAGUAAAGGAUAACCAGACAAUCUCUAAGAUAAGAACUCUCAAAAGUAUUGAUCCGCCUUUCCUAUCACUCAGCCUCCUUAGUCUUGAGAGCAGAGUGAAAACUGUUUUCUACAGGUGAAAGCCCUAAGUCUUCAUCAAAGCCAUACCAGGGACAGAAAGGUAGAAAAGUAUUAACGCUAAAAUCUCACGCCUAAGCUUUAACACCCUUCCGGAACAGUAAGACAGAACUAGGCCCAUCAGAAAUUCUACAUAAAAUCAGUGACCACUAGUCACUAGUCUCCUAGUGCUUGAAACUCUGAGAAAGCAAUCAAGCAGUCCCUAAUUUUCCUGAGAUUUUUGGGCUGGCCUGAGCACACCCAAGACCAACUGAGUCAAAUUAAGUCGGCAAUAAAACAAGCGGUUCCAAGAAAGCAAAAACUAUUUUCAAUCCCACAUCUCCAAGACACCUCAGGCUACAGUAUUCAGUCGAAACAAAUGACAUUCACAACAAAAGCCGAUUUUGCAAGCCCUUGGAACUUAGGGGUCUGCAUCAGCACUCUGGAACGUCUAUGCUUCCUAGGACCAAAGAAUAAAGAAAGAUAACUCAAGGCAUAAGGCGAUCCAGCACCUAAGAUCUCAGUAAAAAACGCUAGGUCCUGAGGCAGCUAGUGGAAAAACAGAGAAGGGAAGUCAAAAGGCUACUUGCUGUCAGCUAAAGCCAGACAACCUCUCCUGUUUCAUCUCCUGGCAACAGAAUGCAUCCUCCUUUUGGGAAAUUGCCUCUUUCCCCACUCCUCAGAGGAAAUCUUGCUGCUGCUCGUUCUUUGGGUCUGCAUUGCCCUUAAGAGCUAUAGCACUCACCGCGAAGGUCUGCAGCUUCACUCUUGAAACCAGAGAGACCACGAACCCACCGGGAGGAAUGAACAACUCCGGACGGGAGAAAUGAACAAACUCCGGACACACAAUCUUUAAGAACUGUAACACUCACUGCAAGGAUCUGUGGCUUCGUUCUUUAAGUCUGUGAGACCAAGAACCCACCAUUUCCGGACACACUAAUAUGCUGUUGGAAACUGGCUGUAUGGCAACGCUACGUGGAAGAAAACAAACACCCCAGCCAACAUAAUGGAACUCCCAGCUGACAGCAGACAUCUAGCUGAUUGCCAACCACUUUGGAAGCUGAUCUUCAAAACCCGCUUGAGCUAUGUCAAGAGAAGCCACCUGUGACACAGAAGCAGAAGGAUCCAAGUCAAAGGAGUUUAUUUGCGAGGAAAUACCAGGAGAGAAUGAUCAUUCGUAACUGAGGCACACUUGCCUUUUGCAACUAAGCUCUACUGAAUUCCAAAGCUAUAGAAAUGUCCAUCUUGACCUGGAAAGUCUGUUUCUUUGCUAGUCCAGAAGAUUUUUUUUAACAUGAACAAGAUCCUCUCAAGCACUGUUUGCUUUGGACUCCUAACUUUGUUAUCCGUGUUGAUUUUUUUACAAUCUGUGCAUGGACGACCGUAUCUUACCCAAGGAAAUGAAAUAUUUCCAGAUAAAAAAUAUACAAAUCGUGAGGAACUAUUGCUGGCUCUACUGAAUAAAAAUUUUGAUUUCCAAAGACCUUUCAACACUGACCUAGCCUUACCUAACAAACUGGAAGAACUUAACCAGCUGGAAAAGCUAAAAGAACAGCUAGUGGAGGAGAAGGAUUCUGAGACGUCCUAUGCUGUAGAUGGUCUAUUCUCUUCUCAUCUUAGCAAACGAGCUUGCUUUUGGAAAUACUGUGUUUAAAGCUUUUUCUCUGGAUGCAAAAAAAGAUAACAUCAGGAAAAGAUAUAUAUCUACCCACUCUGCUGUAGGGAGACCCCCUGAAGCUAUUGCUGUGGAAUAAAAGAUGAAAUGCUCCUGAUUAUUGUAAAUACAAAAUUGCAUGUGGGAUUGUGUAAAGACAAUGCCAGGUUGGACUGCCAGAACAAGCCAACAGCACGUGAUGUGCUUCCCCCUGUAGAGAGCCUGUGAAUGGACGUGCAGUCAGGGAGGUUUCACAUCACCAAGAUUCCUAUCCCAGAAAAGCAGGUGUUCAUAGCUCUGGGAAUGGAAUGCGCCCCUCGUGGAGAGCCUAUAAACAGAUGCAUGGAAGGCACCUGUCCAUAUGGAUAAGAUAGGGUUGUAAACGUCCUCAUCUUGCCACGGCUCUUCCAGGCCUCUUUAGGGUUAAGGCAUACUCCCUUCUGAGAAUUUCUGGUCUAACCGGUUGUCUAGCUUCACGUCCUGUUUCCAUGGAUUGUUUGUAACCAGCUUUUGUUACAAUUGUUACUGCUGAUUAAUAUCUUGCUAAUCAUAGGUUAUGGAAAGAUUGUGUUUCUGUUUUAAGGCUCUGUUAGAAAUUACUGACACACACUAUAUUGUAUCUCUGUAUACUGUACUUCUACAUACAAAUGUUAUGUUAAAGAAUUACUUCAUCCCCAUGUGACCAUCUCACCUCAUAAUCAAAUGACCCUAAAUCCCUCACUAACCUACCCCCGCCCUCGCUAAACUUAAUAAUAAAUGCUGGUAUAUCCAGUGCAUUGUUGGCACUGUGGAACCAGAAGGAGGUGACCCUCCUGGACCCAGCUUUCACUAUCUUGUGUGUGUCUAUUAUAUCUCAACCUGCUAAUCCGCCUGGGAACAAAGAGCCCCUUUGCAUUGUGGGCUGCUGGCCAGAUCCCGUAAUACUCUGCUGUUUAAAAUUGUAGCUGUUUCAAUCAUAAAGAAACUGGCAUUUAUUAUGCAUAUGAUUUUUUUUACCUUGUUCUUGUUACUAAGUCAAUUGUAAUAAGCUUAAGGUUUAUGUUGUGAAUAAUCACUAAUCGGUUGCACUUUUGAAUGGUAUGUCACUAUCAAAAUGGUUUUGUAGCGCUAGAGUUGAAAAUGCUGUAUCUAUUGUAUGCUUCCCAUAAAUUCAUUGCUUAUGUAAAGUUUUGUCUAUGCUGUUGAACUAUUAAUUAAAACAUUUUGAAAAGCA